AUGGGGAAGAAGGAUCAACCCUCGCUCGAGGGCCAUGUAUCUGGACAAUCCAACAAGCCGCUGUCACGACCUGCUCAUGCGCUUCCGCCCACCAAAGUCCUCGACGAAUGUCAUGGCAAUGCCGAGGACGGCCUGUCCACGGCGGAGGCCCAGAAACGCCAAAUCGAGUAUGGUCCAAAUGAUAUAGGAGAAGGCGAAGGCGUCAAGCCCGGCAAGAUUCUGAUACGGCAGGUAGCCAAUGCAAUGACAGUGGUCCUUAUCCUUGCCAUGGCUGUUAGCUUUGGCAUCCAGUCCUGGAUUGAGGGCGGUGUAGUUGCCGUCAUCAUUAUGCUGAAUAUCGUCGUGGGCUUCAUGCAGGAAUACAACGCCGAGAAGACCAUGGACUCCUUGCGAUCUCUCAGUUCACCCACAGCUACUACGAUUCGAGACGGAAAAACACUGACAAUCCCGACCCCGGAAAUAGUAGUUGGCGACAUGGUCGAAAUGAAAACAGGAGACACGAUCCCUGCCGACGUUCGACUCAUCGAAGCAGUCAAUUUCGAGACCGACGAAGCACUUUUGACUGGAGAAUCUCUGCCUGUCUUGAAGGACGCCGAAGCCGUAUUCGAAGAUGAUACCGGACCUGGCGACCGUCUCAACGUUGCUUUCAGCUCCUCCACCGUGACCAAGGGCCGCGCACGCGGCAUCGUCUUCGCGACCGGAAUGUACACGGAGAUUGGAAGUAUCGCCAUGUCCCUCCGAAACAAAGGCUCUCGGAAGCGCCCAGUCAAGCGCAAGCCGGAUGGGUCUGCCAAGCCGCAUCGGUAUCUGCAGGCGUGGACCUUGACCUUCUCAGAUCUGGUCGGCAACUUCCUUGGAGUCAACGUGGGCACUCCGCUGCAAAAGAAGCUCUCGCGCCUCGCAGUGCUUCUCCUGGGUGUCGCAGUUGUUUGCGCUAUCAUCGUCCUCGCUGCCAACAGGUUCGUUAGUGACCAAGAGGUCAUCAUUUAUGCUGUAGCCACUGGCCUUAGUAUGAUUCCCGCCUCGCUCAUCGUGGUAUUGACCAUUACCAUGGCUGCGGGCACCAAGCGAAUGGUCGAAAGGAAUGUUAUCGUUCGUAACCUCAAGUCGCUUGAGGCGUUGGGUGGGGUUACAGACAUCUGCUCCGAUAAGACUGGUACGCUUACGCAGGGAAAGAUGGUUGCGAAACGAGCCUGGAUUCCCGCUAAAGGCACCUAUUCUGUGAGCCCCACGGAUUCUCCCUUCAAUCCGACCGUUGGUGAGCUCAGCUUUACGCCGAAGCCGCCAAGCCAGAUGGAUUUCAACCAGGAGGAAAAGGCUUCGCCUUAUGACGAGCUGCUGGACAACAACACACCUCUACUAGAUUAUUUGAAGGUUGCAUCUCUGGCCAACUUGGCGCACGUACAUGAAGGCCACGAGGGUUGGAAUGCGCGAGGAGACCCGACCGAAAUUGCCAUCCAAGUGUUCGCCUCCCGCUUCGACUGGAACCGACGGACCUACACCCAAGGCGAAAACCCGAAGUGGAAGCAGCUCGCUGAAUUUCCAUUCGACUCCGAUGUCAAGAAGAUGUCCGUCAUCUUCGAAGAGGCUGGCACAUCGCAGAAGCAUGUCUUCACCAAAGGCGCCGUGGAAAGAGUGAUCUACUCGUGCACCUCGCUCUUCAAGGAAGACACCAACGAGGCCGUCGAUAUGACCGAUGAAAUUCGAGAGGACAUCCUCAACAACAUGGAAUCUCUAGCAUCGCUUGGGCUCCGCGUCCUCGCGUUUGCCAGCAGGACUUGGGAGGGCAAGAUCACCAAAGGAGAAGAAAUUGACAGAAGUGAGAUUGAAGAGGGUCUUACCUUCCGAGGCCUCGUCGGUCUCUAUGACCCGCCCCGACCGGAGAGCGCGGCGUCGGUGCGCAAGUGCCAGAGGGCCGGCAUCCAGGUCCACAUGCUUACUGGUGAUCAUCCUGGAACCGCGAGAGCAAUUGCGGGUGAAGUCGGUAUUCUCCCUUCGAAUAUGUCUACCCUGCCCAAGGAGGUCACGGAUGCGAUGGUUAUGACGGCAUCAGAGUUUGAUAAGUUAAGCGAUGAGGAGGUCGAUAAUCUCCCCCUGCUUCCUCUCGUUAUCGCACGAUGCGCCCCGAACACCAAGGUUCGAAUGAUUGAGGCGCUGCACCGGAGAAAGGCUUUCGCUGCGAUGACUGGUGACGGUGUGAACGACAGUCCCUCCCUCAAGCGCUCCGAUGUGGGUAUCGGUAUGGGCACCGGCUCCGACGUCGCCAAGGACGCAGCCGACAUCGUCUUGACGGACGACAACUUCGCAUCGAUUCUAAACGCUAUCGAAGAGGGCCGCCGCAUGUUCGACAACAUUCAGAAGUUCAUUCUCCAUCUACUCGCAGAGAAUAUCGCGCAAGCAUGCACAUUGCUCAUUGGCCUGGUCUUCAAGGACUCUACUGGUAUUUCAGUCUUCCCGCUCUCGCCCGUCGAAGUCAUGUGGAUCAUCAUGGUGACCUCCGCAUUACCGGAUAUGGGCUUGGGAUUCGAAAUUGCGUCUCCGGAUAUCCUCCAGCGACCACCUCAAAGCCUUAAACGCGGCGUCUUCACUAUCGAAGUGAUGCUCGAUAUGCUGGUAUAUGGCCUCUGGAUUGCGGCACUGUGCCUCACGUCCUUCUCGCUCGUCAUGUACGCCUGGGGCAACGGCGACUUCGGGGUAAACUGCAAUGACUCUUACUCCGAGUCCUGCGAUACAGUGUUCCGCGCCCGCGCUACCUGCUUUGCAUGUCUUACCUGGUUCGCGCUGUUCCUGGCCUGGCAGAUGAUCGAUAUGCGACGCUCGUUCUUCCGCAUGCAGCCUGGCUCGAAGCGCUACUUCACGCAAUGGAUCCACGACGUCUGGCGCAACAAGUUCCUCUUCUGGUCGGUUAUGGCUGGUUUCGCCACCAUCUUCCCGACUCUGUACAUCCCAGUUAUCAACCACGUCGUAUUCAAGCACACGGGCAUCAGCUGGGAAUGGGGCGUUGUGUUCGUGGCUGCCGUACUGUUCUUCCUAGGCAUCGAGACCUGGAAGUGGGCGAAGAGGGUUUACUUCAGGAGGAAGGAGCACAAGAAUGGCGGAGUCGCUGCUAGGAAGGGCAGCAUUGAUAUCGAGAAGCAUGCCUUUGGAGGGUGGAUGGGCAGCAAUGGCGCUGCGAGUUCGGAUGGGGAGAAGGCAUGA